UCGGGGCCCGGCGCAAUCGGCCGGGAGCGGAGCUGGGCGCGGGGGUCCCGGGCCAGGCGGGGACGCGCUUCGGCCGCCACGGCCCCAUACGGCCUCAGUGCAGACAAUUUUUGGGGCCUAAAGCGAUUUUUCCUCUGGUUUUGGCUACAUCGCCGGUCUGUUCUUCUCUGCAGAUUUUUCAGGGGGAAUUCGGGGGUCGGCCGGUGGCAUCGCCCGCCAGAAGCCCUCCCCGCUCUMCCGAAAUGUCACGGCUGAGAUUGUGACCCCCUCCCGGCUACGGAAUCGCGGGGUGCUCCUGCCCCCUCCUCCGGGCCGGGCUUCUCGGAAAGGACUUCGCAAUGCUGCGGCUCCCCAGGGGAGUGUCCCCCGCCCCGGGGAGGGGGGGCACCGCCCUCCCUCCCCCAUCUCCCCACCACCACCCGAAGAAGGUCAUGUCGGUGAUGGGCUCCUGCGAUCUGGGGGCUUCUAGCCUGGGCAGCCCCCCGUUAUCCAACCGGUGCUUCACCCAGAUCUACACGCCAGCGGCUGUCAGCGUCCCCGCUUCCCGGGGCCGGUGUCUCUGUGACACCCCCCAGGGCCCCGAGCUCAGCACCCUUUGCUCAGCCUCGGCAGGACGGCUGCCGGCCAAGAGGAAGCUGGACCUGGAGGGCCCCGGAUUUCGCACACCCAAGGGGAAGGGCCGGACACUGGCACAGGUCCCCAGCCCCAGGACCCCCAAGUCUCCUGGGGAGAAAACUCGCUACGACACCUCACUGGGGCUGCUCACCAAAAAAUUCAUCAGUUUGCUGAACGAGUCUACCGAUGGUGUUGUGGAUUUGAACCGGGCCGCUGAGGCACUGGAGGUCCAGAAACGCCGCAUCUACGACAUCACCAAUGUGCUGGAGGGCAUCCAGCUCAUCUGCAAGAAAUCCAAGAACCACAUCCAAUGGAUGGGUACGGGGAUCUUUGAGGAUGCAGCAAUGAUGGCGAAGCAACAGGUGCUGCAGGGGGAGCUGGCCGAAUUGGCUAGGACAGAGAGGAUGCUGGACCAGCUCAUGCAGGACUGUGCCCUGCAGAUCCGGCAGCUGGCUGACAACGAGAACAACCAGAGGCUGGCAUAUGUCACCUACCAGGACCUCCGUGCCAUCAGUAUCUUCCAGGAGCAGACAGUGAUUGCUGUGAAGGCUCCCCCCGAGACACAGCUAGAGGUACCAGACUUCAGCCAGGAGAACUUCCAGCUCCACCUGAAGAGCACCAGUGGGCCCAUUGAGGUGUACCUCUGCCCAGAGGAGAUCACAGAGGAAAACCCCACCAACGACCACCCUGUCCCCUCUGCUGCCAUCACCCCACAGGACAAUCCUGUACCCCUUUCCCCACCGAACAGCUCCCCGUUGGCCACACAGCCACCCGACACCACCUCCCAGACCUGGGGGGGCACAGGAACUCUUCUCUCACCCCCAUCUCUGCCUCUUCCCACCCUGGAGGGACCCAGCUCAGUGCUGGAGGUGGAGCCUGGGCUCCUGGGCUCCCCUGCCCACUUGCUGCAGCAGACUGAGGACCAGCUGCCCUGCACCCCCUCCCACCUGGACUUGAGACCCUUUGUCACCUUCUCGCCCCCCCUGGAACAGGACAACUAUCUCUGGGGGCUUGAAGGCGAGGGUAUCACAGAUCUCUUUGAGACAUAUGACCUGGGGGACCUGCUGAAGCAUUGAGUAUCCCUCCAGUCCCCAUUGCCUUUGUCCCCUCAGGCCACUUCUGUCCCCGCUGGCCACUUGUGUCCUGAGCAAGUGGGGUCUAUGUGGUGUGACUGGAGAGGGUGGGGUGUGUUGGGGACCGCUGGGUUUUCUGAGGCUGGGGUUGAGGGCGGGACUUGUGUUGCUUACCCAGUGUGGUUUCUCUACACUCUCCUGGGUUGGUCGUCACAUCACUGGGCUCUGCGAGUGCCCUGGGAUCCAUCCAGGACCCAUCCCAGCAUCCCCCCAUAAAACGAUGGGGUGAUGGCACCUAUGCUUCCCACCAUAAUCCCCCAUCAUCCUGGGAAUACUGGUGGACUGGGGGUGCCUUUGGGUGACCCAGUUGGGUCAGGAGCACCCCUGGGUGGCAGAGAAACCUCUGCCCAAAAUGGGCUGUGUCAUGUUUCAGAGUCACUUCAGUUGCUCUCCAUUUAAACUGGUUCUUACUGGUCAUGACAGGUCAUUUCCAGUGGCAUUUUCCCCACCAGAGCUGAAAUAUCUUUAAAAAAAAAAAAAAAAAUUCAGGCAGCAAAGCUGAAAUCACCUUUGGGUGAGGGAAGGAUGAAGCUCAUGUGGCUCUGGCAAAUCCCUGGCCAGGACAUGGAGCCAUAUUCCCUGAGGAGCUGCAGCCCCUCUGCUCCAGUCCGUAGCAGGUCCCUCCACCCUCUUGGAGCUACUGGUGCUGGGAAUAUAAAAAACGGGAAUGUACUGGGAAGAGGCAUGCAUGGAGGAGGUGAUGACCUGCAGAGAGAGGUUUGGGAAACAGCUUGGGACAAGCCCUGGGGGCAGGAUAGGGCUUUUAACUGUGCCAUUCCUUGUGAAAUAUCUAAUUAUUGCACUGUAUUUAUCUGGACCCCCAUGCUUUGGUAUGGGACUGGCAGGGCUGGGAGGGAUUGGAUUUGUCAGUGGGUGUAUUUAACUUAUUCCUUGGGUUGUUGGUGCUCCUACAGAUUUACUCACUGGUGGUGUGGGUGAGAGUGUGUUUUGGCCUGGAAAAACUUGUGGCACUUGAUGUUUUCUAACCAGGAGGGCUUAAAAUAAAAUAAAACUUUG